AGAGCGCAAUCGGAUUCGUAGCACGAGAGAAUCUGCAAUGAAGAAGAAAUAUGAUGAACCGCUUAGUACUGGUCUUAGAUGUUCAGAGAUGGCUAGUUCUGCUGGUGGUAUUCUCGUGUCUUCUUCAUUUGCAAACAUUGAGGUCUCAGGUUUGAUCAUGCUACUUAAAUUUACAAAAUAAGGGAAAAUGGAAGGAAAAAGUAACAAAAAAUGGUUUUAAUUUUCAAGAAACUCUUCUGUUGCACUUCUACUGAAAAGGCCUUGAUGUUGAGCGGUAUAUCUUCUCAAGAUUCACGAAAUGUGGGACACACAAUGAGGUGGUGAGCAAUAGAGAUCUAUCUGCUCAUGCUGGCAUAUUGUCCAAUUCAAAACAUGAUGUUGGGAAACACGAACGAAAAUUUCAUGUUACACAAAUUUUUCCAGUUAAGGAUCAAUUGCAUUUCCUUCUUAAUUCAUAUAUCUAUUUCAUCAAAAGUUUCAAAAGGCAUUCCGAGCUUUCCUAACAGUCAAAACCACCUGUUUUAGAAUGAUACAGAUGGAGGUGAAGAGACUUCAUCUACAGCCUGUUGUCAAAAAGAAGGAAUGUGCAUCUAGGUGAGAUAAAUCACGGUAAGUGAGUUGAGCAAAUGGAACCUGGUCACACCAUUUUGAUGAUCCUGAAAGACAUGUUUAUUUUCAAGAUACUCCCUCUACUACAGAGAAGACUUCAGUUGCCUCCAUCCUGAAGAAUUGGCAGGCCGAUCAACUGGAGAAGCAGGAACCACUUGAGAAAACUCCUAGCAAUGUAAGGAAAGUAAUAAGUGCCUUUGAAAGUAGUCUAGCUAAGGUAUAUCUGUUUGGGUACUCCAUGAAGUAUUCUCCAUGUACUAUUGCAAGUUAAUUACUUUAUGUCCAUAUGAGAUUCAAAGACAUAUACUUAUCAAAAACAGGAUAUGAGAGCUGGAAUGAAACCAUCGCCUUCAAAAUUGCAUUCUGAUAAAGUUCAACCAGAAGCUCACAAGGAAGUAGAUUUGAAAAAACUAAAUAAGCCUGGCAAACUGACUCCUGGAAGGCUCAAGAACCCUUUUCUAACUGGGGAGUUGCAACAUAUCCAGGUUUACAAAACAUUAAGGGAAGUAGGUUCAAGUAGUGCUACAUUUAUGGAGGGGAAUGCAAUUGACAUUUGCGCAACUGAUUCACAUGAAAUUUAUACCUUAGGAUCUUCGGAGGAUAAAUUGAAGUCAGCAGCUUUAUUUGAAAAUGAUAAUCUUUCUUCUGAAAUCUAUGAUGCCUGGAUAUUUCCAGAUCAUGCCAAAAGAUUAUGUAUAACAACUGGAAGCAAACAAAUAAUGGAUUUAGUUGGAAGCUGUGGGAUUCAAGAAAGGGUUCAUAAAAGCGAGAAGAGAUGUCAAUUUCCAGAAAAUGUGGAGAAGUUUUCAAGCCACAAGGAGGUGAAGAAAGGUGGCAGAACUUCUCCCGAGUUGAGAAAAUCAACAUUUGAGAGUUCUCUGGAAGAUGAAACUGCUCGUGGACCAAUGGGACAAGCAAUAAGAGUUGCAAUAAUGAUAGCUUUCGGCACACUUGUUCUUCUUACAAGACAAAGAAAACCCAGAUACGAGCUCGUUUAUGGGAUUGAAUACAACUCGUCUCUUCACCACCCGCAGGGCCAGAACAAUUCCACCUAAUUUCUUUUUGUUGCAUUUAAUAGAACAUCGACAAACAAGCUCUGCUGGGUUGCUUAUGCAGAUUGUUCUGUUGUAAAUUUCAGUCACAGUGAAUACUAACAUUAAUUCCAAAGAUUAUUUUCGGUAUUGUGCA